UCCUCCUCUUCGCCACGCCACCACCAUUGGCUUGGCUUUGACCUCUCUCUCUCUCUCUCUCUCCCCGCCACCGAAAGCUCGUGCCUUUUUCGGACAUGGCGGAAUCCAAGACCACCAUGGAAGCCGUGAGGCAUUGGGUCGUCGAGCACAAGCUUAGGACCGUCGGGUGUCUCUGGCUCAGCGGUAUUACGGGUUCGAUCGCAUACAACUGGUCUCAGCCCGCCAUGAAAACUAGCGUCAAGAUCAUUCAUGCUAGGUUGCAUGCUCAAGCAUUGACACUGGCUGCUUUAGCUGGUGCUGCAGCGGUCGAGUACUAUGAGCACAGAUCAGGAGCUAAGACUGACCGCCCCUCAAAAUAUCUUCCUGUGCAAUCUUUCUCACAUAAGGAUUAAAAUGGACGGCGUGCAUCAACUCUUUUGCCUGCAGCAUGAGACUUAAUCAGCAAUUUUUCAGCAAUAAAAUCCCUGUGAACAGAAUAAUUUAACCUCAAUAUAGAAGUUUUUGUUCUGUGAUUAAGAGACUCGUUUGUUGUAUACUUGGAGAUGAGCCUGACAGGAAUUUUUUGGAAUGCCAUUCUUUCUGGACAGAUACUUAUGAAUACAGCUGCUCUCUUUCUGGAUC